AACUGAAAAAUGAAAAGGGAAAGUUUUUUCAUAGGUUUCGUCAACUCUUAGUAGAGAGAGAGAGAGAAUGGAUCCAUGAUUCCGUGCGGUCACUUUAAUCAUUCAGUAAACUGCUAUGGGCGUUGCUGAUUGCUGAAUCAUCUUAACCAACCUUUCUCAAUACUUCUUAGAGCGAGUCUACAACUUUAGAAGAAACAAAGGGUAGUCAUAUAUCUUCUUCUUCGAGCCAAUGGUUGCAAGGUUCCCAUUGAUGUUCCUCCUUGUUUCCCAUUUAUUCGUCUUAGGAGUAAUGUCAAGAAACUUUACUAUAGAGAACAAAUGCGCUUACACUGUCUGGCCAGGAUUCCUAACCAUGACUACUGCGGUUUCGCUACCCACCACCGGCUUCUCCCUUAAGAAAGGGGAGACGCGUGUCAUCAAUGUGCCAUCGUCAUGGUCAGGUCGUUUGUGGGGUAGAUCGCUUUGCUCAACCAGCUCAACAGGAAAUUUCUCAUGUGCCACAGGAGACUGCGGCUCUGGAAAAAUUGAGUGCUCUGGAGGCACAGCAGCGCUUCCAACAACGCUAAUCGAUUUUACCCUCGACGGUUCCAAAGGUCAAGACUUCUACGAUGUAAGCGUUGUGGAUGGUUACAACCUUCCGUUGGUUGUAGUCCCACAGGGUUCAGGGAGAGGCCGGACAUGCAGCAGCGUUGGUUGCGUGGUCAACCUGAACAAGACGUGUCCGUUGGAGCUUAAGGUGAUGGGAAGCUCUGACAAGGAACAUCCCAUCGCUUGCAUGAACGCUUGUGAAAAAUUCCGGUUGCCGGAGUUCUGCUGCUACGGUGAGUACGGCACACCUGAAAAAUGCCAACCGACGCUUUACUCGAAGAAUUUCAAGAACGAUUGUCCACUCGCUUAUAGCUAUGCUUAUGACAAUGAAAACAGCACCGUCAGAUGCUCAAACUCACCUAACUAUGUCAUAACCUUUUGCCCCAACGACAUAAGCUCAGCGUCUCAACCAUCCAAGGAAACUAAUGGAGGAACAAAACAAAAAUCAUCAUGGAAGUUAAAACUCAUACUUGGAGUCUCAGCAGCUUUAACCAUGAUGAUCAUAAUUGUGGUCUUAAUAAUUGUGAGAGCAAAGAAUGUGAGAAAUAGUGAUUGGAAUGAUCAGAACGUUGAAGCAGUUGCAAUGUUGAAACGAUAUAGUUAUACAAGAGUCAAGAAGAUGACAAACUCAUUUGUGCAUGUUCUCGGAAAAGGAGGAUUUGGAACUGUCUACAAAGGAAAUUUACCCGAUAGCGGUCGAGAUGUUGCAGUGAAGAUCUUGAAGGAGUCAGAGGGGGAUGGAGAAGAGUUCAUCAAUGAAGUAGCUAGCAUGAGUAGAACAUCUCAUGUAAAUAUUGUUUCUCUGCUUGGAUUCUGUUAUGAAAGGAACAAGAGAGCUAUAAUCUAUGAGUUUAUGCCGAAUGGAUCCCUCGACAAGUAUAUUUCUGCGAAUAUGUCAACGAAGAUGGAAUGGGAAAGAUUAUAUGACAUUGCGGUAGGUAUCUCUCGCGGCCUAGAGUAUUUACACAAUCGUUGUGUCACAAGGAUUGUGCAUUUCGACAUAAAGCCGCAGAACAUAUUGAUGGACGGAAAUCUUUGCCCUAAGAUUUCAGAUUUUGGUCUUGCUAAACUCUGCAAAAAUAAGGAGAGCAUCAUAUCAAUGCUACACAUGAGAGGAACCUUUGGAUACAUUGCUCCUGAAAUGUUUUCCAAGAAUUUUGGAGCAGUUUCGCAUAAGUCAGAUGUUUAUAGUUAUGGAAUGGUACUUCUUGAGAUGAUUGGAGCAAAGAAUAUAGAAAAGGUUGAAUAUUCUGGAUCCAACAAUAGUUCAAUGUACUUUCCAGAUUGGGUCUAUAAAGAUUUUGAGAGGGGACAAAUCACAAGGAUUUUUGGAGAUAGUAUAACUGAUGAAGAAGAGAAAAUUGCAAAGAAAUUGGUAUUGGUUGCUCUAUGGUGUAUUCAGACGAAUCCAUCUGACCGUCCAUCAAUGAUCAAAGUCAUUGAAAUGUUAGAGGGAAAUCUAGAGGCUCUCCAAGUUCCACCUAAUCCUCUCUUGUUUUCACCCGCGGAAACGGUUCCAGAAAUUCUUGAAGAUAGUGAUGAGACUUCAACCUUCUUUAAUCCAAGUUCCUUUGGAAGUGAUACUCUCUUAACUAGUGAAGAUGCUUUACAACAUGGGUCAAGGUCCUCCUAAACUAAAGUCAAAGAAUAGCUCAAGAUCUUGACAAGUUUUAAGAGAUCCACUCUCCGGUUGACUUUAUCGUGAGCUAACAAUUAAUGUGCAUAUUUGUUGUAGUAUCUUCUCGAUUAGUUUUUAAAAACUUCUGACUUAAUAGUGUUGAUUCUAUGCUUAUUAGAUGAUGUUUAUUGACGCAGACACUCACUAUUGUUGGUUAAUGAAGAAUAUUUUAUGUUCUUUUUCU